AUGAAUUUACGACAACAACUCAUACAGGGGCUGAACAUAGCUAUGGUGGUUUGCUCUGCAUUUAUGUUCUGGAAGGGAUUGGCUCUGGUCACCGGUUCCAGCUCGCCAAUCGUGGUGGUGUUAUCGGGCUCUAUGGAACCGGCAUUCCAGAGAGGCGAUAUAUUAUUUCUGUGGAAUAGAAACCAAUACGUUGAUGUUGGUGACAUAGUUGUUUACAAUAUCAAGGAGAAGGAGAUUCCGAUUGUGCAUCGGGUAAUGAGAGAACACAAAGUGAUACCGGAGGUCAAGACGAAAAAGAGAUCUGCCAGAUCGAAGAAACCGGUUCACGAACCAGGAAAAGUGAGGCAGCUGCUAUUGACCAAGGGUGAUAAUAACCCAACUGAUGAUUUGCCACUCUACGCAUAUGGCCAGACUUAUUUGGACAGGGAGGACGAUAUAGUCGGAAAGGUAAUGGGGUAUAUUCCCAAGUUGGGCUAUGUGACGAUUCUGAUUACGGAGAAUGUGUACUUCAAGUAUGCCCUGCUGGGAUUACUUGGACUAAGCACUUUGCUGCAGAAAGAGUGA